AUGGAAACGGAAACAAGAUCAGCUACCCCUUCCCGCGCCCCAGCCCCGUACCUCAAAGUUUCCUCACCCAACCUCACCACCGACUGGGACGAGCUAGCCGACACCUACUGGGAGUCAUGGAAAAACCCCCGAACAGCAUGGAGCGAGAUCAGCUGCCCUUUCAUAGGCAGCAACACUGCCGAAGAAGCGCACGCGCGGGCCGAGUUCAAGAAACGCGGCCUGGUACAGAUCCACAACGACCCGAGCACGCACAUGCUCAAAUGCACUGAUACACGGUCAGGCCGCAUCAUCGGCGGCGGCAUGUGGAGGGUCCAUCGUACGAACCCCUACCGCGCGCCUCUACACGAAGAACAAGCAGUGGCUUUCCCCGAAGGGAGCGAAAUGCGGGAGUUGGCCGAGAGCGCGUGGUCCGAGCUGUCGAAGUGGCGGCAGCGAUUGAUGCAGGAUGCGCAUAUCUCCGGAGAAGAAUUUUGGGCUCUCCCGGAGUACCGGUCCCAAGGCGCAGGAAACCUUCUCCUAGACGAGUUUUUGCGAAUUAUUGAUGACCACCAGCUCGAAGCCUUUGGAGAGGUCACACACCUCAGUCGUCAUCACUUGGAGAAGCGCGGGUUUGUGGCUAUCGCGUACGCAGACGUGAAGUGCCCGCGGGCGAAUCCGAGCGAGAACUUGAAGCGGUUGGUGAGGAAUAUGCAGCAGCACCCGCUGUGUAUCAUUUGGCGGCCGGCUGGAGGGGGCUACGUCGAGGGGAAGACCAUUCUACCCUGGGAGGGACAGCCGCGGCGGGCGAGGUUGUAG